GACUCUAGCAAACUUCUUUCACACACGAGCACUGUGACAGAGUUUCAUAACGCGAGAAUCGCGCUGCUUCACGCGCACUGCCACGCUCGCGUGUUUCAGUGUGUGUGAAAGUUUGUGUGCAUUUUUUUUUUUUUUGGUAUUUUUGUCUGUGUUUGUGUGACAAAGAGAGAGAGAGAGAGUUACAGUCAUGGCUGAGGACGGAUCAGAUCAGCGCGCUCUGCAGUAUGAACAAACUUUGAUGUAUGGGCGUUACACUCAGGAAUUGGGUGUUUAUGCAAAAGAAGAGGCAGCCCGACUGCGGGAGGAUGGACAUCAUCGCCGGUCCAUCUCUGAACGCAGCCCGUCCCUCAAAGUCCUGGAGUAUGAGAAGGGACGAUGCGUCAAGUGUCGAAGGUUUUCAUAUGCCCUGGAAUCAACACCUCGGGACUUUUUUUCUGUCUGUGCAGUUCACUGUCAGAGGUUCCUCAUGUCACGGGUCGGGGAGGAUUGGAUCUUUCUCAUUCUGCUGGGUCUCGUCAUGGCACUGGUCAGUUUUGUUAUGGACUUCUGCAUCGCUCUUCUCUUACAAGCACAGAAAUGGAUGUACGGGGGUUUGGACAGUAAUGUGAUCUUACAGUAUUUGGCGUGGGUCACUUAUCCUGUGGUUCUCAUCAGUUUUUCUGCAGGAUUCACACACAUCGUGGCUCCUCAGGCUGCUGGGUCGGGCAUUCCUGAAAUGAAGACGAUCCUCAGAGGAGUGGUGUUAAAAGAAUAUCUCACCUUAAAAACAUUUGUAGCCAAAGUGGUCGGCCUUACGUGUGCACUGGGCAGUGGAUUACCUCUGGGCAAAGAGGGGCCGUUUGUGCACAUUGCCAGCUUGUGUGCGGCUCUUCUCUGUAAAUUCAUGUCGUUCUUUGGUGGAAUUUAUGAGAAUGAGUCCAGAAAUACUGAAAUGCUUGCUGCUGCCUGUGCGGUCGGGGUCGGCUGCUGCUUCGCUGCUCCUAUUGGAGGUGUGUUGUUCAGCAUUGAGGUCACAUCCACCUUUUUUGCGGUCCGAAACUACUGGCGAGGAUUCUUUGCUGCUACUUUCAGUGCCUUCAUCUUCAGAGUUCUAGCAGUGUGGAAUAGAGAUGAAGAGACGAUAACAGCUCUGUUUAAAACCCGAUUCAGACUGGAUUUUCCCUUUGACCUGCAGGAGCUUCCGGCCUUCGCUGUGAUUGGGAUUGCCAGUGGAUUUGGCGGUGCCCUGUUUGUGUACUUGAACAGACUUAUCGUUCAGUUUAUGAGAAAACAGAAAACCAUUAACAAGUUCCUGAUGAAGAAGCGACUGUUGUACCCUGCGUUGGUCACACUGCUGGUGUCAACACUCACUUUUCCUCCGGGGUUUGGACAAUUCAUGGCUGGACAGCUUACACAAAAAGAAACUCUGGUUUCAUUUUUUGACAAUCACACCUGGACUAAGCAAGGAGUCACCGAAGACUUCAUAUAUGAAGGCCACGCGGCCGCCUGGAAACACCCACAGGCUAAUAUCUUCAUCAUCCUCGUCAUCUUCAUUGUCAUGAAGUUCUGGAUGUCAGCUUUGGCCACAACUCUUCCUGUCCCAUGUGGAGCUUUCAUGCCUGUUUUUGUCAUUGGUGCCGCAUUCGGGCGUUUGGUGGGUGAGAGUAUGGCUGCAUGGUUUCCAGAAGGUAUUAACACAGAUGGAACCAUCUAUCCCAUAGUGCCCGGCGGUUACGCUGUUGUGGGAGCGGCUGCAUUAUCAGGUGCAGUGACACACACGGUGUCGACGGCUGUGAUUGUGUUUGAAUUGACAGGACAGAUCAGUCACAUUCUGCCCAUCAUGAUCGCUGUGAUUCUCGCCAACGCAGUCGCCCAGAGUCUUCAGCCGUCCAUUUAUGACUCCAUCAUCCGCAUUAAAAAACUGCCGUACCUGCCUGAGCUGGGCUGGGGUCACCAUGAGAAGUAUAAUAUCCGUGUGGAGGACAUCAUGGUAAGAGGAGUUCAUUACAUCACUCUGAACUCAACCUACAGAGAUCUGCAUGAGAUUCUUCUGAUAGGAAAUCUUAAAACAUUAGCUCUGGUUGAGUCUGCAGAGUCAAUGAUCUUGCUGGGAUCUAUUGAGCGUGGGCAGUUACAGGCGCUCCUGGCGCAGCAUCUCGGUCGCCCGCGGCGAUUGGAGUUCAUACGAGAACGGGCGGAGGCUGAGAGGAAGCGCAUGUCUGUGAUCAACAGCCCUAAAAGUGAAGAUGGAGGUCAGAAAGUCAACCAAGAGGUUCGCUUUCAGAUCUCCACAGAGGAAUCCUCUGUCCCUCCAGCUCGUCCUAUUUCUCCUAAACCUCUCAAACCAGCGCUGAAGAAAUCAUAUGUCACUGAGAAAAUUAUAGACAUCCCAACAAGUCCACGUGAUUCUGGCAUUGGUCUAAAGAAUCUGCUUUGUACUCACCCUCGAACAGAAACACUGGAGAAUAAUAAUGUGAUGUCUGCUGAUCUCAGACCAGCCAAACAUGUGAGGAUUUCAGUGGUGGACGACCCCGAUGCAGAAGACGAUAUGACACUUCGAGAGAUUGAGGAGUGGGAGGAGCAACAGCUUGACGAGCAGGUGAACUUCAAUAACUGUAAGAUUGACCCCGCCCCCUUUCAACUGGUGGAGAGAACCUCACUACACAAGACACACACUAUCUUCUCUCUGCUGGGUUUGGAUCACGCUUAUGUCACCAGUAUCGGACGACUUAUUGGGGUUGUUUCACUCAGAGAGCUGCGGAAAGCCAUCGAGGGCUCAGUAACGGUGAAGGGGGUGAAAGUGCGCCCGCCGCUGGCCAGUUUCCGGGACAGUGGAACCAGUGGGACCAGCAGUGAAAGUGAAGCCACAGAACUUCACAAACUGUGGGAUCGUCACACAAACCUCACGCUGCCCAGAGAACAUCAAGUAAACACAUCAGACUCCGAUGACAAAUCCCACUGAUGGCAAUGAGACGUCCAGGAAACGCACAAAAUAAUACAGAGAUACGUUCUGUACACUCCCAAAAAUCUACUGGGCCUCAGAGCCACGCCCCCUUUUUAAUUCUUCUGACAUCACUUCCUGAUAGACACUAAUUCCAUAUGGAAAAUAAUCAGGGAUGCUUUAAAUUCGAUCUUCUUCGUGUGUGUGUGUGUGUGUGUGUGUGCGUGCGUGUGUGUUUCCGUGCAUUCCCUUUGACUCUUUUUCUGAAUGUUUCAUACGUGAUCUCUCAACACUUUCCAUCCGUCUCUUUCUUUUCCUUUCUUUUAUAAGCAAGAGGUGGGCAGUGAAUUUUCCUCUAUAUAAAGACAUUGUUGCAGGUGUAGGCGAUGGAUGUGGAUAGAGAGAGAGAGAGAGAGAGAGAGACACACACACACACACACACACACACACAGAGAGUAAUUGCAUGUAUGUGGGAUGUAUAAUCUCUUGACUUCAGUACAUUCUCACUGCAGUAUUUUUAUUCCUCUCUUUCAAUUGUUCGAGCAGAAAGAGUUUUUUGUUUGGCAUUUUUAAGAAAUAUUUUUGUGUUUUCUGCAAUAUCAACAAGCAACACAGGAGUGAAAUCACAUUCACACUGAAUUCAUUAUUAUUAUAAACGCAUGUGCACUUUUUAUUUUUCUUUCUAGAUGUUUUUUGUUGCCCGCUCACUAAUCUGUAACACUUAACAAUAAGGUUGUGUUUGUUAACGUGAGUUAAUGCAUUAGCUAACAUGAACAUUAAUGAUUAAUACUUCUACAGCAUUUAUUAAUUCAAGUUAAUAUUAGCAUCUACUAAUGUUAACAAAUACAACCUUAUCAUUAAGUGUUAACCACUAAUCUUUAGGAAACACUUCACAGUAAGGUUUAUUAGUGCAUGCACUGCAAACAUUUGCAAAAAGAUUUUCUUCUUUCUUGUUUUUAGUACGAAUAUCUAAAGAUUCUUAAAUCAAGAAGCAUUUUCUUUAUGAGCAAAAUGACAUAAGAUAAUACAUUUUAUAUACUGCAAAAAAUUAUUUUCAAGAAAAAAAAUUAUUAGUAUUGUUGUCUUGUUUUCAGUAAAAAUAUCAAAAAAUUCUUAAAUUAAGCAAAACAACCCAAAAAACUUUGGUCUAGUUUUUACACCAAAAAUAUCAAAUUUAAGUGAUUUUGUGCAUAAGCAGGCAAAAAAAUAUGCCAAUGGGGUAAGCAAAAAAUCCUGAACAUUUUUCUUAAACACUAAAUUCAAGAAAAA